AUGACACCCGAAGCAACUCGCGCCCCUGAUUCGCUGGCAGUGCGGAUAUCUAACCCCUCAGGGAACAGCGCAGUUAGGUACAAACCUAGUCCCAACAACGGACGGUACGAGCGCGACCGCGAAGGCAAUUCCCAAUUCCACUUGGAACGACGACUCCAUCUCAAUCUCCCUCUUUCCCCCCAUUUUCUCUUUUCCCCCUUCUAUCUGAGGAUUCUCCCACUCCGUCGCCGAAUUUGCAGCUCUCUCUACCCACUCCUCGUCCAGGGAAGGGAAUCGAUCCCGUGGUCCGAAUGCUGUGUCACCUCUCCUGGCUGGCUGGCUGCUCCUCUGCUCCUCUGCUCCUCGCCAUUCCCUCCCCUUCUCAGCCUCCUGGAUGCACUACCACCCACGGGGUUUGGACAUGCUAACCGCGCUCCCCGUCUCGAUAGGGUCCUGUAUCCAAACGUCGCCUUCCACAUCACCUCGGCUACGGCAGCGACGACGACAACGACGAAACAGUUUUUCAUUACUUCUCUCUGGCUUCGGUUUGAAGUCGUCCAGCGAGACGAGCCCUCUGUCACCGAGUCUGUCCCCGAACCCGAGUCUGCACCCGAGGCUGAAGCCGAGCCGGAACCCGAGCCGGUACCCGAGACCGAGACCAAGCCUGCCGCUCAACCCGAAGUGUCACAAGAGAAAACACCCGUGAAGAAGACCACCACUACUGCUUCCGGUGUCCGUCGUCCUGCUGUCUCCGCCACCACAAGGGCUGCUACUGGAACCACUGGCACUGCAGCCCGUGCCACUGGCGGAUUGAGCAAACCCCCUACUCGUCCUCCGGGGACCACUGCUACCACGGUCAAGAGACCCUCUGGUGCUUCUUCCGUCGCCACUCAUCGCUCGCGGCCUAGUGUGUCUGCUUCCGAAGACGACUCGAAGAAGUCCGUCUCUUCCAUUAGCCGACGCACCUCCGUCGCCCCGAGCACGACCAGCUCCACCUCCUCGCCCGGCAAGAGAAUCACCACCACGACUCCGUCAACCGCCGCUGCCGCUAGGCGUCCUCUGACCAGCACCACUUCCGCUCGUACCUCGACAAGUGCUGCUACGCGUCCCACCGCCGGCACCACAUCGACCAGCCGCGUCGCCGCCCGUCCUGCCACCAGCACAACCGCCGACGCGGCCACCAAACGCCUGUCCGCCGCGAGCACCACCUCUACCGCUACUUCCCGCACCGCCCGCUCCUCCCUCCGUCCCGCCAGCUCCGGCACCGGCGGGCCAUCCGCCAAGGAGAUCGAAGAGCUCAAGGCCAAGCUGGCUGAGAAGGAGACGGAGCUAACCGAGCUCAGGGCCCAGGUCGAACAGCAAGCUGCUACUGCCGCCGCUGCGCAAGAUGCUCCCCCCACCGAGGGUGUUUCCGACGAGGCGAAGCAGGCCCAGGAGCAGGAGAUCGCCGCACUCAAGGCCAGGCAGGAGGAACUCGAGAGCCAACUUGAGACGCAAAGGGUCGAGCUUGAGGAGGUUGUCGCCGCCAAGGACGCCGCCGAGCUGGAGCUUGCCUCGGUGAAGCAUUCGAUCGAGUCCCUGCAGGCCGAGCAGGAGGAAAAGAGCAAGGCGAGCGAGGCCGCGCUGAGCCAAGCCACCGCCGAACAUGAAGCCCAACUGGAGGGGUUGCGACUCUCUCUGGAGCAGGAGCAUAAGGCAGCCAUCGAGGCCCUCGAGGCAAAGAACGCCGAGGCCCUUGCGCAAGGCCAGGCAUCUUCGGCCGACCACGAGACUGCUAUCGCCAGCCUCAAGUCCACUCACGAAUCCGCCAUGGCCGAGCUCCAGGCCAGGAUCGACCAUCUCACCGCCUCGCAGAACGACGCCGUUGCCGCCCAGGAGUCCAAGGUGCAGGCCGAGCAGGAAGCCCACUUGGCCCGGAUUACCGCCCUGGAAGCCGAAGCCGCCUCCCUGACCAGCAGGCUCGAGUCGGCCGAACAGGCGGCCGACCAGGCCCAAGCCGACCUAGAUGCCAAGGUCACCGAACUGUCUUCUCUGCAACAGGCGGUGGCUGAUCUGGAAAGCAAGCUGGAGGCAGCCCGUUCUGAUGUGACCCAGGCGCAGGAGGAGGCGGACGCGCUCCGUGUCCAGGUCAGCAGCCUCACGGAUGAGAUGACCGCCAAGGAUGAGGCGCUGGCCAAGGCCAAGGGAGACCACGCCGCCCUCAUUAGCCGGCACGAAGACCAACUGAAGCAAGUCUCCAAGGACUACGAGGACGAGAUCGAGAGCCUCAAAGGCGAUGCGCACUUCAAGCGGCAGUUCCAUGCCCUCGAGGCCAAGCACAAAGAGCUGCAGGAAGCCCACGACGAGCUGGAGCACUCGCUCAAGGAGGCUGAGGAGGACCACGCCAAGGCGCUCGAGCUGGCCAAGAGCGAGCAUGCCGCUGCCACCGCUGCUCUCGAGACCCAGGAAGCCGAACACCAGAAGGCGCUGGGUGCCCUGCGCGCCAGCCAUGCCGAGGAGAUCGAACAGGCCAAGAACUAUGCCAACGCGGACAAGGAUGCCCAUCUGGAGGAGCUCCAGGCCCUCAAAGACAGUCAUGCCCAGCAACUGGAGGUUCUCAAGAGCGAGGGGGAUGCGUCGCUGGCCGAGGAGUUCGCAGCGCUCAGGGCGUCCCACGCCGAGGUGGUCAGGGCGCUCGAGUCGGAGAGCGCGGGCGAGAGGGAGAAGCUCAUCGCCGCGCACCGGGACGAGCUCGCCAACGUCAAGGCGUCCGGCGACAGCGCCCAUGCGGCGGAGCUCGACGCCCUCCGACAGCAGCUCGACGACAGCCUCGCCAAGGUCCAGGCGGCAGAGGGCGCCGGCGCAGAGGCCUUGGAGGCUGCCAAGAAGGAACUCGAAGCAACGCACGCGUCCGAGGUGGAGAAGCUCAUCACCAUGCACGCGGAGCAGCUCGACGCCGUCAAGGCCGAAGGCGCAGCGGGCGCGCAAAGCCAGCUGGACGAGCUCACGGCGGCCCACGCCAAGGCCGUCGAGGCGCUGAAGGCCGAGUCGGACAGCCAGAGCGCGUCCCUGGAUGAGGAGAUGGCCAAGCAGAAAUCGGCCCUCGACGAGCUCCAGGCGGCUCUGCAGGGAGCCAAGGAUACGCUCGCGACGGUGGAGGCCGAAAAGGCGUCCGCCGACGCGGCGCUGGCCAAGCUGGAAGAGGAGAACGGCGACCUGGGACAGCAGCUCGCGACGGAGAAGAUGGCGCGGGCCGAGGCGGAGGCGGCGCUGGACGCGGUCAAGAACCAGAAGCCGGACACGACCGAGUUGGACUCGCUGCAGGCGACCAGGAAGAGCCUCGAGGCCGAGCUCCAGGUGGUGCAGACCAGCCUCGUGGCGGCGGAGAAGCAGGCCGAGGCGCUCAAGCAGGACCUGGCGGCGGCGCGGAGGGAGCUUGAGGCUACCCGGCUCGAGGCGGACGACAAGAUCAGGACGAGUCAGGUCGACUACGAGGAUAUGCACGACAGCCUGACCAAGGUGGCCGACGAGGCGCAUGCCAAGCGCAGCGAGCUGGAGCAGCAGGUGGAAGAGCUCAAGAGGACGGUGGACGAGAAGCUGAAGGGGAUCGAUGAGCUGGAGGCCUUGGUCAAGGUGAAGGACGCCGAGAUUGCGGAGGCCAAGGCCGCGGCACCGAAGUCCAGGGGACUCGCAGCGAGUAAAUACGCCACGGCCUCGGACGAAGAGGGCGCGGACGGCUCGGCCCCCGAUGCCAAGGCGGAAGGUGAGGACGACGAGGACCACUCUUCAGCGGCAUUAGGAUCGAUCCAAGCAGCUAGAGUGCAAGCGCGCCAGAUCGACGAGAUGGACCGCGUGAUGAAGGAGAAGAACCUGAUGAUGCUCAACUCUAUCACCGACUUCCAGUCCCCAGCUCGGAGCAGCGCCUCGUAG